AUGCUCGCCGGCGCGGGCCUCGCCGCCCCCGUCCCUAAUCCGGUCGCCGAGCCGAUGCCGAUGCCCACUCCCCCCGGCAUCCCUUCCGCUUCCACGGCCAAGACGCAGCUUGCUGCUUUGACAGUGAGUGCGUGGACCAACACGGACACGUACGACCGUGACCUGUUCCCCCACUGGUCGACCGUCUCUGGUAGCUGCAACACGCGUGAGACGGUGCUUCAGCGAGAUGGCACCAAUGUUGUGGUCAAUUCUGCCUGCUCCGCCACUAGCGGCACCUGGUCGAGCCCUUACGAUGGUGCGACCUGGACCGCGGCAAGCGAUGUCGACAUUGACCACAUGGUACCUCUGAAGAACGCCUGGGUCUCCGGUGCCGCAUCGUGGACGACUGCCAAGCGCCAGCAGUUCGCCAACGACCUCACACGUCCCCAGUUGUGGGCCGUCACAGACAGUGUCAACCAGGCCAAGAGCGACAAGAGCCCCGACUCUUGGAAGCCUCCUCUGGCAAGCUUCUACUGCGUCUAUGCCCGAAGUUGGGUGCAGGUCAAGAGUUACUGGGCCCUCACUGUCACAUCUGCCGAGAAGACGGCCCUCACUUCGAUGCUCAACACCUGCUAA